CCUCGAACCCCCCAUUCCGAGCCCCUUUCCCCCUUCCUCUCCCCCUCCGCCCUUUCCCUCACCAUGGCCGAAGCCCGCUCGGCCGUCUCCUACCGCGCGCAGCCGGCGAACCUCUCCUUCGAGGUCACCGACAAUGAGAUCGUCUUCCGUCUCAGCAAGAACGCCGUCCCCUCUCUGGUGACCUCGGUCACUUCGUCCGCCACCCGGCGCCUGAUCCGCGUGCGGAACAUCAUCUCCAAUGCCCUCUACCCGUAUCCCGCGUGGCAGUGGGCGGCCCUGGCCGCGGCGCCGGCGGCCCUCAUGCUCACCGAGCACGGCAGCCCGGCCUCGGCCCCGGAGGCCGUCCGGUCGGUCCUCGAUGCGGCCCGGCACCAUCUCGACCGCAUGGAGGACUGGCUGCCGAAGGAGCUGCCCCGCGAGGUGUCUGUCGGCGCGGUGGCCCUGGCCACCGGCACCGCGGCCGUGCUGCUCAUGUCCUACACCCGGAAGGCCCUUCUCCGGGCCCUGCUCCAUUACCAGGGCUGGAUCUAUGACACCAAGGGCACCAGCACCACCACCAUGAUUUGGGGCGUGCUGGUGCAGCUCCUCUCCGGGCACCACAUGUUCAAGCUCCUCCGGCCCAGCGCCCUGACCUACAGCAACCAGUCGUCGCUGCCGCGCCUGCCGGUCCCGGCUCUGGCGGACACUUGCCGCCGGUACCUUGCCUCUGUCCAGCCGAUCCUCUCGCCCGAGGAGUUCUCCAAGAUGGAGACCCUGUGCGCGGACUUCGAGCGCCAUGAGGGUCGUCGCCUGCAGCGCUACUGCGUGGCCAAGUCUUGGGUCACCCCGAACUAUGUCACCGACUGGUGGGAGAAGUAUGUCUACCUGAACGGGCGCGACCCGAUCGUGGUCAACUCCAACUACUAUAUCCUGGACCUGAAGGCCGAGCCGCCCACUCAUCGCCAAGCGGCUCGCACUGCCUCCGUGGUUUGGCGCUGCCUGGAUGUCAAGUACAAGCUCGAUCGCGAGCAGUAUGCGCCGAUGGUCGUCCGUGGGACGGUCCCCAUGUGCAUGUGGCAGUUCGAGCGGACUUUCAGCACGACUCGCAUCCCCGGCGUCGAGUGCGACACCCUGCGCACCUUCCCCGAGUCCAAGCACAUCGCGGUCCUGCGCCGUGGACACUGGUACACGGUGGAGGUGCUGGACGGUGCCGGCAGCCGGCCCAUCGCCCCGCGCGAGCUGGAGAUCCAGUUUAACUGGAUCAUCGACCAUGCGGACCGCCAUGCCAAGCCCCCGACCGAGGCCGAGGCUUCGAUUGCCGCCCUGACCGCCGACAACCGCACCGAGUGGGCCAAGGUCCGGUCCAUGUAUUUCUCCUCGCACAUCAAUGCCUCCUCGCUGGCCAUGAUCGAGAGCUCCAUCUUCGUGGUGGCCCUCGAGCACGAGACCCCGACCGAUUUGUCCUCCACCGCUCGGUCGCUGUUCCAUGGCGAUGGUCGCACCCGCUGGGCCGACAAGUCCUUCAUGCUCAUCACCUACCCGAAUGGGCGCAUGGGCCUCCAUUGCGAGCAUUCGUGGGCCGAUGCCCCGGUCAUUGGCUUCGUGGUGGAGAUGUCCCUCCAGGUUGGCGAGUACAUGGAGAAGGACACCUUCUUCACCAAGGACGGGCAUUGCGCCAUCACCGGCCCCCUGCGCCCUCGCGCUCCGCCCACGCCGCUCAUGUGGGACUUCAGCAUGCGUGCCGAAGAGGCCAUCAUGGCCUCGUUCGCGCGUGCCCAGAACCUCGUGUCUGAUGUCGAGCUGGAGGUCGUGGUUUUCAGCGACUUCGGCAAGGGCUUCAUCAAGCAGUGCCGCGUGUCGCCGGACGCCUUCCUGCAGAUGGCCCUACAGCUGGCCUACUUCCGCGAGUCCCAGGGCCAGUUUGUCCUGACCUACGAGUCUUCCAUGACUCGACUCUUCCUGCAUGGGCGCACGGAGACCGUCCGUCCGGUCACCCACCCCUCGGCCAACUUCGUGCGCGCCUUCUUCGACCCGGCCGUCUCCAACAAGGAGCGCAUCCGCCUGCUGAGCCUGGCUGCCGACAAUCACCAGAACCUCUACCGCGAUGCCAUGACCGGCAAGGGUGUCGAUCGUCACCUGUUCGCCCUGUACGUCAUGUCCAAGGGUCUGAAUGUCCGGUCGCCCUUCCUGGAGGCGGCUCUCUCCAUGAAGUGGAAGCUUUCCACCUCGCAGCAGCCCCAGAACCAGACUGGCAUGCUGAACCUGCGCAAGUACCCCGACCUGCUCUCGUACGGUGGUGGAUUUGGCCCAGUCACCGACGACGGCUACGGUGUGUCUUACAUGGUGGCUGAUGAUGACGGUCUCAGCUUCCACAUCAGCUGCAAGCGCAGCUGCCCGGACACCGACUCGCGCCGCUUCGCUGCCCACCUCAUCCAGUCGCUGCGCGAGCUCCGCCAGAUGUUCGAGGAUGCCAAGAACGAGUAAGAGGGCGGUCUGCAGCUGGGCAAAAAGAGAGAAAGAGCAACGAGACAUGCGCGUGUGGCCCAAUCCCGACACACACACACACAUGCAUGCAU